UGAUUGGUGCGACAUGAGGUAUGCAACACUAUUAAAUUACACGCAGUGAACGCAAAUAUCCUGACGAACGGCCGAUUAAGGCGUAGAGCAGCGCACAACAACAGCAGCAACAAUGAGUGUAGGCAGCAACAAAUGUUCCUUAAGAUUAUUUGCCUUUCAAUUUAUUUUUGUUUUAAUUUUUUUUUCGAAUUUCUCAUUUUUUUUUUUAAUUUUUCAAAUUUUUUUUUUCAAUUUCUUUUGUUUUUUGCCUCCAUAACUCCUUUAUAUGCCACUUUUGCUGUGUAAGCCUUAUUUGUAUUAUUUUUCCAUUUUUUCUUAAUGCUGCUGCUUCUUCUUCCUUGCUAGUGCUUCCCUUUAGUGCGGCAAUAAAUUGUAUUUGCCUUGCCAUUGAAGCGUUGAAAAUCGAAAAUAUUCUCCCACGAUCGUUUUUCUAUAUAGACUUUAUCCAAUACUCAUAUUUACUAUGUAGAGCGUCAGUCCCUGUGGAUCCUUAAGCAAAAUGCACACGUGUUCCAUAAAAUUUUUGUGCGUGCUCAUACAGAGUUUAUGCACGAUUUGCUUUAUAAGAAAAAAAAACUACAAAAAUAACCUGCUGUUGUUGUUGCAUACAAAAUUUUAUGGCAUUAACUAUAAGAUAGCAGGACACUUGGGCAGCAGCAGUAACAACAACAACCGACACGACCAAAAACGAAAACCAAAAGUGAUCAUUAAAUGGUCCAAGUGUUUGCCUCAAACAAAAAAAUAUAAGAAAACGACAACAACAACGCACGUUUUCAUAUAACAGAAACUGAAAUUAAAGAAAAAAUCACUAACAAAAACAAAAACUGAAGAAAAAAUCGAAAAAAAUGCUUGAUCCUUAAGGCAAGUAGCAAAAGGAUCCGCUUGCAAAAACACGGCUUGCAUUCAAAAGUGUGGGAACAUGACCGUACACGAGUUUCACACGAUCCCAGUCCCAGGAUAAGCAGACUCCGACAUGAAAUGAAAUGAAUUACUUUCAUGCCCAUUAUCCUUAUGGCUUAUAUAUACAUAAAUAUAACUACGCGCAUUGUCUGUCUGCUGCAUCUCCAAUUCCCUACAAUUCCUUCGCAUCCACCUCCUCAUCACAAGCAGCCACAAACUUGUUAACGCACAGGUGUGAGUGAGCGCGCCUGCCAGCUGUGCUCUCGCUCUCACCACCGGCUGCAGGUUAAAUCUCACACACCAGCACGGCACAGCACAGCACACAGCUCGUCGCUCAUCUGUGGCACGUCGAAAACGCACCUGCCAUUUUUUAUGUACGGAUUUUUCAGCUCCUUUUGUCUGCACACACAGAUCCUGCUGGCGUUCCCACACUCCGAAAACCGACUUGUUUAUGCGUACUAUUGGAAUUUUAUGUGCGAUUCACUUCACUACUCUCUUUACCCUGUGACCUGCUAUGCCUUUUCACAUAUACUUGUUGUUGUGCGCAUGCGCCGAGCGAUUUUGUAUAAAAGGCGCGCCAGCGACAGGACUCAACAUCAUUCAAGCGAUAGCAUUCGUACAGUGAGCAACACCAGCAAGUCAUACACAGCUCUACUACGUUAAAAGCAAGUCUUUGAGCAUAUUUUCUUCUUCACACACAAAAAAACCGUAAAACAAAAUAACAACACAAAAUGUACACCGCCGAGUAUGAGAACAGCGUCAACAUGAGCGCCGAGAAGCAACAGAAGAAGGUCAGCUAUAGCAUUAAGCGUUUGCUGAAGCAACUCUUCAAAACACAACAACAAAAGCAAAAGCAACAACAAGAAUUGUUGGAGAAUUUCGCCAACAGCAAGAAAGCCAACUCAUUGGAAUCACUCGAAUCUCUGGAGAAUUCACGCAAUGCCGAUCUGGAGUCCGUAGCUGAGUGCAUCUCUCUCGAAUCCUGCGAGAAUGAUGCCAAUGAACGUUUGGCCGCUUCAUGCGAUUUGGAAGAUUACGAAUUUGCCGAUAUCACCACAGUGCCCGUACAUUUCUUACGCACAGCACAUGGUACUUUCUUCUGGACCGCCAACACUGAUUUGCCAGCCGAUAAUGAUCUUAUCGAACCCUUGUACUGCAGCACCGGCAAUCAGAUCGCCACCACACAAAUGCAAGAUCGUUGGGCACAAGCCUAAGCGCAUGUGGCUGAUGAGAUGUAGAGCGAGCAAGUGUGAUACAGCGCCACUGAGGUCUUCCAGGUCCACUACACACACAUACAUAGUGGACCAUGCUGAGAAACGCAAAGCUUUAAUUGUUUGUGAUAUUUUUGAAAGUACUUACAUGUAUAUAAGAAAUGGUUAGAAAAUUAAUGUUUACAAAUAUUUAUACAAAAGAAAAAAUUAUACAAUACAACAAUGAAAACAAAAACUAAAUACUCUUGUGUUAUCUUUAU